AUGACGUCUGCCAUUGAGAAAUACUAUACGACAAACUAUUCCCAAUGCAAUCUUGACUAUAACUUCUUAGCCUCAUGGAAAGGAGUUGCCUAUCCGUCACAUGUUAUUCAAUUCAUAUCACUUCCAUUUCAAAUUCUAGCUUUUUAUGUUAUCAUAUUCAAAACUCCAGUUUCUAUGAAAAACGUCAGAGUAGCACUGUUGGUUAAUCAUGUUCUCUGUGCAUUACUUGAUAUAGCACUAUGCACAUUUUCAACAGUUUAUAUAUUUCUUCCAAUGUACGGAAUGUUUUUUGUUGGGAUUCUUAGUUUGUUUAGUGUACCUAAUACAGUUCAAUUCCUUAUUGUUUAUUUGAUGGGAACAUUUACAUCCGCAUCGUAUGUAUAUCUUUUCGAAAGUCGCUCCAGUACCCUCGUGCAGAACAAAUUUCGAAUUAUUCGUGGAAGAACGAGGAUGAUAUAUUAUUCUUUAUUUUUAUUUCCAUUCAUAUUCUUAAUUUAUUUUAUGAAUUUCGAGUCUCCAGACAAAGAGGCAAGCAAGUUAUCAGCGUUAAUAGAAUAUCCAUGUCCAACAAGAGAGUUUUUUACCUCAGAAGUUUCAUUCUUAUUGACUAAUAAAACUCUGAAAGAAAGUUUUAUUUGGCUAGUUCCAAUUGGGGCAUUUCAUUUGCUAAUCUUUCCACUGUUUCAAGUGGCUACUCUCAUUUACUACAUUUGCAUUGCGCCUUCGAAAACGACUUCAAAGGAUACUCAGAAUAAACAAAAAGUUUUUCUCUUCUGCAUUUUGUUUCAAACUUCAGUUCCAAUAAUUCUCGGCGUCUGCCCAUUGUCUUUAUGUUGUAUUGCCUAUGCGAGCGGUCAUUAUUCCCAGGGAAUGAUGAAUAUUGUAGUUUGUUGUAUCGGGCUUCACGGUUUGACAGAAAGUAUUGCAAUUUUGACUGUGCAUAGACCUUACAGAAAAGCUAUUGGUCAUAUGUUUUCCGAGUUGAAAAAAAAGAGAUGUUUGCUUCAAGUGUCAUCAUUCCCCGUUAAUCUAACGAGUGACAGUUUGACGAGGGGAUAA